CUGGUUUCUCCAGUCUUAGUGGUGGAGGGCAGGACUGCUGUGCACUUUGGCUUACGGAACUACAGUUCCCAAGAUGCCUUGCGACCCCUAUAACAGUUUCCUCCACUUGCUUCCUGUUGUGUCUCAUGGGAAUUGUAGUUCUUCAAAGGUUACCGUGCGCCCCUCUUCUCUAGAGGGUAGGGGGAAAGUUUUGAAUAAUUUGGAUUUAUGAAUGAGGUCGCGAAGUUCUAGUCAGGUCUUCUAGCCUCACUGAAGGAGUAGCGAAAAUAUAAAAGAAGAAUGGGGAGUUUUCUCAGGAUACCACAGGGUUUUAGAGCGCUGGUAUUUGAACUCUCCCACUUUCAGGUCAUCCCAACGUCACUUCCGCUUAGGUUCGGACUCUUGCAAAAAGCUUGGCGGGAGUUGGAGAUCCUGAAGUUAACGCACCCGUUUUGUUGGUCUGGUAGUGCUGUGUAGGCCAAGGGAUGGGAAAGUGAAUAUACCCGACGUGGUGCCUCAUGCCUAUUACAGCUGGAAGCCGAAAGAUCGCUUUGAGUUGACAGCCUGCUGUACAGAGCUCACCAUGCCUACAGCUGGUAACAAAAAGAAGGCUCCUACACCUCAGAUUCCUUGUUUAAUGAGCAAAUCAACUACACAGCUGGAUUUUUUACCUGACAAGCUCAGAGAAAAGCUGCUUCCUUUCCAAAAAGAUGGCAUCAUUUUUGCCCUCCAAAGAGAUGGCAGGUGUAUGGUGGCUGAUGAAAUGGGACUGGGGAAGACAAUUCAGGCAAUUGCAGUUGCGUACUUCUACAAAGAGGAAUGGCCUCUGCUGAUAGUCGUCCCUUCAUCUCUGAGGUACCCUUGGACAGAAGAACUAGAAAAGUGGAUCCCAGAGCUAGAGCCAGAGGAGAUCAAUAUUAUCAUGAACAAAACUGAUAUUGGGAGAAUAUCAAGCAGCAGAGUGACAGUUCUAGGCUAUGGUCUCAUAACCACAGAUGCAGAGACUUUGAUGGAUGCGCUGAAUAGCCAGAACUUCCAAGUGGUGAUCGUGGACGAAUCGCACUACAUGAAGUCCAGAACUGCUGCCCGCAGCAAGCUUCUCCUGCCCCUGGUACAGAGAGCCAGGCGAGCCAUUCUUCUUACGGGAACCCCAGCUCUAGGAAGGCCUGAGGAGCUUUUCAUGCAGAUUGAGGCUCUCUUCCCACAAAAAUUUGGGACUUGGAUGGAGUACGCUAAACGAUACUGCAAUGCACACAUCAGAUACUUUGGUAAAAGGCGUCAAUGGGAUUGUAGAGGGGCAUCAAACCUUGGUGAACUUCACCAGCUACUAAGCAACAUAAUGAUCAGAAGAUUAAAGAGUGAAGUUUUAAGCCAGCUACCUCCUAAAGUCAGACAGCGUAUUCCAUUUGACCUUCCACCAGUAGCUGUCAAGGAACUGAAUGCCAGCUUUGAAGAAUGGCAAAAAUUAAUGAGAGCUCCAAAUUCAGGUGCCAUGGAGACGGUUAUGGGGUUGAUAACAUGCAUGUUCAAACAGACCGCAAUUGCCAAGGCAGGUGCAGUGAAGGACUAUAUUAAGAUGUUGCUUCAGAAUGAGUCGCUUAAAUUUCUGGUCUUUGCUCACCAUUUAAGUAUGCUGCAAGCUUGCACAGAAGCAGUCAUCGAAAACAAGGCUCGUUACAUCAGGAUAGAUGGAAGUGUUCCAUCUUCAGAAAGGAUUCACCUGGUUAAUCAAUUUCAGAAGGACCCCAGUACUCGUGUGGCUAUCCUGAGCAUUCAGGCUGCUGGCCAGGGUUUAACAUUUACUGCUGCAAGCCAUGUUGUCUUUGCUGAGUUGUAUUGGGACCCUGGACAUAUCAAACAAGCUGAAGACCGUGCUCACCGAAUCGGACAGUGCAGUUCUGUGAAUAUUCACUACCUUAUUGCAAACGGUACUCUGGACAGCCUAAUGUGGGCAAUGCUGAAUCGAAAGGCUCAGGUCACAGGGAGCACACUGAAUGGCAGGAAGGAGAGACUCCAGGCUACAGAAGAUGACAAGGAAAAGUGGGGUUUUCUGCAGUUUGCUGAAGCGUGGACCCCAAGUGACAGUUGUGACGGGCUCAGCAAGGACGCUGUGUUCACGCAUUUUGAAAAAGAAAGACAACAUGAUAUUCGAUCAUUCUUCUUACCAAAACCGAAAAGGAGACAGUUGGAAGCAUCCUGUGAUGAACCAGAGGCAUUCAAAGAGAAAACAGUGGUGGCCUCUGACCCUAAAAAAGUGACUGCAAGUGAUGACAAAGAUGGUUUUGAACCUGAAACUAAAAGAUUGAAGUCAGUGAGUACCGAGUACCACAGCAGUGCCCUGGAGGAGAAACCAUCCCUGCAAGCCAGAUCCAUGGAAGGUGUCCAUGAGGUGGAGUCCCCGCUGGCCUCCCCAGCCUUUCCCAAGAAGGGCUGGCAGUGUGGCUUCUGCACGUUCAUCAAUGAUUCAGUCCUUCCUUACUGUGAGAUGUGUGAGAACCCUCAGAGUAGAGCUGCUGGCCUCAACCAGAUGCAGGAUGACAACAAAAAUGAGGAAGUUGGUUCUCAGAAGAACACCUCCAAAGAUGAUCAGGCUAGUUUGGACUGUGUAAAACAACUCCCUGAACAGCCAGCACCCGAGCAGGUGCCUGCUAGCAAGGAAGCAGCAUUGGAAGAGCAGUUGAACAAUUCAGGAGCCCUUCCCGUGUCUGAGGCCUUCAUGUUUUGUGCAAGUAGGAACACAGACAGGAUCCACCUCUAUACCAAGGAUGGAAAACCGAUGAGCUGUAAUUUUAUUCCUUUGGAUAUAAAAUUAGACCUUUGGGAAGACUUACCAGCAAGCUUUCAACUAAAACAGACUCGCUCACAGAUUUUGAGGUUUGUCCGAGAGUGGAACGGUCUGACUGCCAUGAAGCAGAGGAUGAUCAGGAAAAGUGGGCAGCUAUUCUGUAGUCCAAUCCUGGCCUUGGAAGAGAUCACAAAACAACAGGCCAAAGAGAACAGUGUUAAAAGAUACAUCACUAAAGAAGAUGUUGCCACGGCCUCCAUGAAUAAGGCGAAAGCUGAUGGCGGCCAUAUCCGUCUGAUCACCAGGGAGUCCAGGCCACAAGACCCUUCUACAAAACAGCUUGACAGAGCCUGUGUCCCGUGUCUGAGUCCCUGCCCAGCUGGCCUCACUGUGGAGCCAUCCUCAUCCAAAGGCUACAUUCAGGCUGUGGAUAAGGAAGGGAGGCCGCUCUGUCUCCGCUGCCAGCAUCCCACUUGCCAGCCUGAGCAAGGCUCCAAAGCCAGCGCCUGGGACUCACGGUUCUGCUCCCUAAGAUGCCAGGAGGAAUUCUGGAUCCGAUCCAAUAACAGUUACCUGAGGGCCCAGGUGUUUGCAACAGAACAUGGUGUGUGUCAGCUAUGCAGUGUGAAUGCACACGAACUAUUUCUUCGAGUCAGAGAUGCUCCUAAAAGUCAGAGGAAGAAUCUUCUAGAUGCCGCCUGGACUGCAAAGCUCCCAUUGGAGCAGCUCAAUGAAAUGCUGAGAAGCCCAGCAGAAGGCCACUUCUGGCAGGUGGAUCACAUCAAGCCCGUGUAUGAGGGAGGGGGGCAGUGCUCCCUGGACAACCUGCAGACUCUCUGCACGCUGUGCCACAAGGAGAGAACUGCCCAACAAGCCAAGGAAAGGAUUCAGGCGAAACGGCGCUCCCUGGCAUUGAAGCACGGGUCAGACAUCACUCGGUUUCUGGUGAAGAAGUAGACAGAGGUGUAAACAGAGCAAAUGACUUACAGGUAGAAGGGUUUGACAUUUCAUGUCUGUCUAGUGUUUUGAGUGAAAAGUCUUUAAACAUAAUAAAGAAGUAAGACUUAGAUUUUGUGCUAAGUACUCCUCGUGUUAGCAGGACCUGAGGUGUGACGGGAAGCAUUUCUGUGGUCUUGUGGGCUUCAUGCAGAUUGCCAAUCAUGUUUCAGCAAGAUUUUGUUCAGCUUUUGCGUCCCCGGCACACCUUCCCCACUUCAUUGUGCAUAGAUAACAUGUGAUAAAUAGAUCCCAGUCACGUAACAGUUGCUUCUUGAUUAGUGUUGGUUCUGAAUUGUGUGGUGUAAAUAGAACAUUCCAGAAAAGUCAGGGAACCUUUGGAUGCAAGCCAUCAUUCUAUGGAAUUCUGGGCAGACCAUGACCAGCCUGCUUCCUGUACAAGAAGCCCCACAACAGGGUUGGGUGUGUGUUUGGGAUGUCGCCUCCUUCUGGGCCAAUUAUCUUUGUUGAAAAGAUACUUUUGUAAAUAAACUAAUUGUGACCGUG